AUGGCUUCCAGAAGGUUGUUUCAUGUCGCUCGCGGAUUAUGCGGGCUUCGUGCAGCGCACUCCAAUCAUCGUUUCAAUCUUGCUAGAGCCUAUUGCUCAGGUAAGUCUGAAGUAUCUUUUUUACGGUUACAAUUUAUUUAUUGUCAAGAAAACAACCAACAAAUUGUCGCCUACGGAUCAGUGGAUUCAGCAGUACUUACGAAUGGUAUGGGGUGAAUUAUGGUAAGACAUUUUUGUGUGGAUUUGUCACGUUAUUUUUCUCUUGGUACUUAAGGACUUCAUAAUUUAUAGUAAGGAGGAGCGUUACAUUAAGGGUUACUAAUCAAUCAGCUGUUCAUCCCAUGGGCCAUUCCAUUUUAGAUACAAUCCCUCCCCUCCUGCCCCAUCCGCGGUAACGAAGUAGUUUGAAAUUUUCCUAACCUUCAGAGAAAAACUCGUUUUUUUCCCAAAUGGCUCAACAACUGCACUGAUAAAUACAUGUGUAAUAGCUAAUAAAUAAUUUUUUGCUUUUGUGAUACUUCCCCCCAGAAAAUCUGUUGUUCAGUCCUACAAGACCCUACAAUCUUCAGAAAUACCAGUUUCUUUUUUUAAUUCCCCUUCAGUAAAUUUUAUUGAUUGGGGAGGGGGGCUGGCUAUAUUGAAUUAAACACCCACCAGCGUGGAACUCAGGCAAUCAAAGGGGCUUUUGUUGAAGCUAUCAGGGCCACCACGGGGGAAUAUUCCAGAUUUCAAGUGAUGAGGAUGAUCGAAUGGGGGCAAAAAUCAAAAUCCAAAAAAAAUCCCUACACUACAAAAUUAACCCCCAGAAAUACCAUGCCGAAUUUCUGAGUGGUAACAAGUUUGGAUGUACUUUAUUCACAGAACUACUCUGUACGUGGCUAGGAUACGUGGGCGCUACAACAAAUCUUUAGAUUGUAUUGAAUACCCCAAAAAAUCCCUACUUAAAUCAAGCCACCUAAACAAAAAUACUUGCCACAUUUUCCUGCCCCCCAAAAAACCCAGAAUCAAAAUUUCAACCCUGUGUUGUCUUAAGCUACACUUCAAACAACUCGAUAAUCUUGGGUUAUGUAGGGUUAUGUGAUCCAAAAGAUCAAUUUUUUACAAGAUUCGGAGUCACCUGUCACCUAACUGCUUGCACUCCUUUAAAAGAGUCUGUUUGAUUGGGUAUUUUUUGGACAAAUGCCCCAUGGUCCAGGUCUUUUCAGGCAGAAUUCACUUUCAGAAUAAAUACCAGAUGUUGUUUCAUUGACCUCCAAGAUAAACUAACUAAUAAAUGGGUAAUAAAUGGGUUAUUAUAUUAUAGCUAAGAGUUUUGAGAUGAUUAAAGCUGAGAAGAAGGGAGAAAAUCAAAAUGUUGGCUUCAUUCAGCUGAAUCGACCCAAGGCACUGAACGCUCUGUGUGAUCAGCUAAUGGCCGAAAUGCAAGAUGCUUUAGAUGACUUUGAAAAUGACAAAACUGUAGGUGCUAUUGUCAUUACAGGAAGUGAGAAAGCUUUUGCCGGUAAGUGUGGUUUGAUCCAUAAAGCAUCCAUAUGCAACCUAUGAUAGCCUGCAGUAAACCUCUUCAUUUGCUUGGAAUUUUUUUCCUUCUUCCCCCUCUUACCCUGCUGUAUAGAGCCUGUCCUCAGGCUUAAACCCAAUGGAUGGCUAUUGGAAAUUUCAAAGGGAAGGGAGGACUUAAAGAGAACAAUUUUUUUAUAGUAAACAUGGUGCAAAGAAAGUCAGUUUUACAGCUUGAAACUCUGAUUAGGCAAGCUGUAGCUAGCAUGUACUAGCCCAAAAGUCAUUUCAACUAGCCUGAAAAAAAUUUGAUGAGCAGGAUUGAUUACUGUUCUUCUCUUAUUCAAAUUCCUAAAAAAAUAUCACUUGCCCAUCGGGCAAGUUGAAAACAGAAUUCACUAGCCCAGUAGCAAAAUCCACUAGCCCCAGGCUAUCAGACACUACUUUCUUUGCACGCUGGUAAAGUAUCACUGGAAUUGCCAGUGAUUAUUUGAAAAGCUAAGUUAUAUUUUUGUUUUUCUUCUUUUGUAUUGGUCCUCAUUACUACAAAUAACUGAUGAUUGUGGAAGGUAGACUGUUAAAUUAUUAUAUAAUUUUGUAGUGAGUUUGCCAUUAGAUAGCAGAAGUAGUACAACAGAGAUUAAUUUUUCUUUUCCUAUUUUACCUUGUCCUCAUAUUACAAUCCUCAGCUGGGGCUGACAUUAAAGAAAUGCAGAAUUUAACAUAUCAGAAGUGUCUUCUUGGAGAUUUCCUUGCUCACUGGACACGAGUGGCUAGAUGCAGGAAACCUGUUAUUGCUGCAGUCAAUGGAUUUGCUGUAAGUUUCAGUCAAACCUGUCCCUAAGAUACAGACACCAUACUGGUACACAGCCAAAGUCUGUAUAGUGUUCCCCCUGUCUAGUUACUGCAAGUAUUUUGCUGUGUCCUCACUGGUUCUACAAGGUAACCAGUUGUACAUGAUUAUCCACAUUUAUGCUUUGUUAAAAUAUUAGGAUGCUCACCAAAGUUAGAGCUUACCAGCCGGAACAGUAAUUUUGGGAAUAAAAUGGGCUUUCUUUAGAGCACUUAUACUAAUAACCCAUUACAGUGGUGAAUAGUGUUUAGGAAAGGACUGAUUUCAUUUGGCUUAACAGUUCUGAUUUUCUAAAUUCUCCUUACAACCGGUCUUGUUUGGUUGGCCAGUUUUGAUUUAUGGAAAGUGUUGAAUAUUGUUUUUCCUUCUUAUUUGCUUACAAAAGUAAUGAAAGGCAACUAACAACAAAGUGAUUGUCGGUUUAAAUUAUAGCUUGGUGGUGGGUGUGAACUGGCCAUGAUGUGUGACAUCAUUUACGCUGGAAACAAAGCCAAGUUUGGUCAACCUGAGAUUUUACUGGGAACCAUUCCAGGUUUGCCUUAAACAGAACAUUUGUUUUUUCCACUGACUCCUAAGGGAACUCACUUACUUACUUAAAAACCCAAUCUUUAUGGUGUAAAAUACCACAAUNUAAAUUAUAGCUUGGUGGUGGGUGUGAACUGGCCAUGAUGUGUGACAUCAUUUACGCUGGAAACAAAGCCAAGUUUGGUCAACCUGAGAUUUUACUGGGAACCAUUCCAGGUUUGCCUUAAACAGAACAUUUGUUUUUUCCACUGACUCCUAAGGGAACUCACUUACUUACUUAAAAACCCAAUCUUUAUGGUGUAAAAUACCACAAUUACAAUCAGUACCAUGUAAAAAGUUAUGCAUCCCCUAGGGGCUUUAAUUUGAAAGUUCUGAUCCUAACUUACCGUUGUUGCUUCAUAUGUUUCGACGUCUUUGACACGUUUUGGUCUUAUAUUUGGUUCCCUCACGCGGUACUUACAAUGCACUUACGUUCUUGUACAAGUAACUUGUAAGUAGUUGCUUUUUUCACCGUUUUUAUGACGUUGUGAAGGCGUUGGUCGUAUUUAUUGACGUAUUUUGGUGUAUUUGCGAGUUGUUAGCCCUUUCAAUCCUAGACCGACUUAUAGCAGGAUGAAUUUUGAGCUCUAACUUUUGAAGCUGUGGACGAAAUCCCGUGAUGUUACCAUUCAAAUGAAACUUCUUUGGUAGAACGUUUGCCUGGUGCUUUUUAUUUCUUAGGAUUUUACGAAGGAAUUUUUCGUGAAUUUUUCUUAUUGGGCACUAUUAUGGAUAAAGGGUUAAGAUUAAAUAUAUCGGUUACCUAGCGACUGAGUCAAAGUCGUAGUCGGAGCCUAAAAUAGGAAGCGUAGGUUGUUAUUAUCUAGUUAAAACAAGUUUCUGAUUCCGCUUAUGCCACUGUUGUUUAUGAUCUAGUAAAAACAAGGUUACGGGAAUCACAAGCAGAAACGAACCCGGCCAGCAGAGCUUAAAGGAGGCUCUCUUGAUAGGGUCUCAGAAGCGGAGCAAAUAAACCAAACACAAAGCGUAAGAAUGAACACCGUGAUUGGCUUAUUCUUCCGCCUUUGAGCUUAUGCUGUCAUAUUAGAUAUAGGAGUUAUUUAAAAAAAAGGAAAAAAACGAAUUAGGAAUACUUUUUAGAAUUGAAUAUGGGUCUCCAACUGACUCGCGUCUUUACGUAUUUUAAGGUGCUGGUGGCACUCAACGUCUUCCAAGAGCUGUGGGUAAAUCACUCGCCAUGGAAAUGAUUCUAACAGGGAAUCCUAUAACAGCAGAAGAAGCGCAAAAAUCAGGUAACUUUUGUUCCGAGUAAUAGUGGCUGCCUUGGGUCAAUGCAUGAGUCUGUAAAAGGGUUAUGAAUGAAUGUUGCUAGUGUGUUAAGUAAACGAACGCUAAGCUAUCCAACUAAAUGAUACUGAUGGGCUGCCCAACUAGCAACAGGUAGAACUGUGAGCCAUAUGCGCGGCGACUGAAGACAUGCAGUCGUCGCAACACGGCGGUUAGAGCCGGUACUUAGAGCUGGAAACUUCUGAAGACCGACGCCACUUUAAUUACUACGUCAUACUAACUUCUACUGGGUCAAGUUCUGAACAUAAGAAAGGAGAUGUUAUAGCGGGUAAGAAUACCACACUGAUACCCGGGAUAGUUUGGGUGGGAAGAAGGGCCCGCGCGCGAAACAUGGAAGCGAUCUGUGAAGAGUUUCACUCCAGAAAAAUAAUUUUAUGUUCGUUUUUUACUAACUCGAUACGUCCGUCAACUUAAUUCAGUUGACAAAAUAAGUUAAAUUCCAUGUGCCUCACUUCUCACAGCAUUUUUCACUCUGUCAAAGCCUUUUGGCCACGGAGACGAGUUAUGGCAAUUACAAUUUUUUGGACAUUUCAAUAGAAAUUAAAAGUGAAUUUUUUCCGUCAUUUGUAGGCCUGGUUAGCAAAGUGUUUCCUGCUGAAGAGGUCGUGAAUGAAGCCAUCAAGACAGCGGAAAAAAUAUCUAGUUUAUCAAAGAUUGCUGUGCAAAUCGCCAAAGAAGCUAUUAAUACAGGUAUUACAGGACAAUCAAUUGUCUGUUAGAGUCGGGCAAAUGUAGUGCUAUUUUAGUGCCAUUUUAGUUUUUUUUCUCGUAGUAAUUCUUGAUUUUCCUUUUCCUACUUUUAAAUUAUUCACAAUUGUAAAUAGUUUUCUAUCGUGAACAUAUAUUUAGUUUUUAAUUUGAAAUUGUUAAUAUUACUUAUUGUUCAAAUGUAGUGCCAUUUUCGUUUCUGAAUUUUCUAAAGUGAAGCAGUCUAGUUUGAAAACUAUACUUUAAGCCACUGCUAAAACAUGAGCCAUACACAACCCAUAAUUCAUUGCUUCGCUUUGAGGAGGUCUAGCGCUCUAGGGAUGGGAGGGGUGGGUGCGUGUUUUGUCGAACUUCAAUGUGGGACAGUUUUAGGGACGCUGUCACCUCUUUAUGGCCUCUUGAGAGGACAAGUCGUCAAGUCACAUUGCCAUGAUAGCAACAUUUCUGGAUAACAACAAACCAAGUGAAUUCGCACUGUUUCAAACUCAUCGAUCCUAUUCAAUUUCAUUGAAUUUGUCAAAUGUUGGCGAAAUUUUGGGGGGUUGAAUCCGAAAGGACCUUAUCUAAGUUUAGAAAAGGAAAAAGAUCAUUUUUAUGUUUUGUUCACCUACCCCAUAAAGCGGGCGCGUGACAUGAGGAAGUUUCGUGUCGCAGUCCUCCAACGACGGCUAAGAAAUGUACAAGGUAUUAACGUGACGUCACACCUCUCCUGUCUGUUGCGAGGUUGCUUUGCGCGGGAAACUGGGUAAGUACUCCAUGUAGGCACUCAUAUAACGGUCCAAUCAUAUCGUAGCUAGGCUCAAAAUGGGCAAUUUACGGCUGCUAAUUUACCUUUUUCAACUGAGACGACAAAAAUUUUCUUAUUCCCUCACCGACUUAAUAGCACAGUUUGUUUGUUUGUUGUUGUUUGCUUUUAACUACCGGUAAUUCCAAUUGUCUUGCUUUUGUCUUUAAACCAACUAGAAAUGAUUCGCUGCUUUCUUUGUUUCAGGAUAUGAGACUUCAUUAUCAGAAGGUCUGCAUUUUGAGAAAAGAAUGUUCCACUCAACAUUCUCGACGGUGAGUACCGAUUUAUGAUGUUUGAAUUUCUUUUAGUCUUGAAUCAGAAACUUUCAAUGGAGAGAAAGGCUAUUGAAUUUCCCUGUUGUAAAUCAGGUCACCUCAUCAUUACGGACAACUUCGUAGCCCCUACAUACAUUUUUUUCUUCGGGGCUAACUAACUUUUAAGUAAAAGCUCAUUUUAAUGAGUCGCUGUGAUUUUUAAAGAACUCUGUUAAAGAUUAACAGUGUUACUUUUAAAAUAUGAAUAUUUGCUCUCUUAUGCGUUAUUUUCAGGAGGAUCGUAAGGAAGGGAUGACGGCCUUUGUAGAGAAAAGAAAGGCAGAAUUUAAAGACAACUGA